AUGAUCCUUAUGGGUGCCUUCGAACCCGGGAUAUUCUGUGAUACUGGAACUCCCUGCGCCCCGCCGGGGCGGGGACUCGAACCCGCGCUCCCGAGGCAGCGAGGGCCCGCCCCGCCGUGCAGUGCGAGCGGAGGAGGUCUGUCCCUCAUCGGCCGCCGUCUGCCGGGUGCGCUCCGCUUCCGCGCUCGCCGCUUGUUCGUCCCCAAAUACUUGUCGCAACAGUGGAGUAAAGCUUCAGGAAGAGGUGAAGUGGGAAAACUAAGGAUUGUCAAAAAUCAAGGAAGAACAGAAGUGUCAUUUACUUUGAAUGAAGAGCUUGCAAGCAUCAAUGAUAUUGGAGGAAAGCCUGCUUCAGUCAGUGCACCAAGGGAACAUCCAUUUCUUCUGCAAAGUGUGGGAGGACAGACCUUAACAGUGUUCACAGAAACUUCAGUAGAAAACCAAUCAGAAGAAAAAUCAGAAAGUGGCAGUGCUGAUAAACUUGCCUUGGAAGGAAUAGUGGUGCAACGUGCUGAAUGCAGACCUGCAGCUAGUGAAAAUUAUAUGAAGCUGAAAAGAUUACAGAUAGAAGAAUCUUCUAAACCUGUAAGGUUAUCACAGCAGCUGGACAAAGCUGUAACCACGAACUAUAAACCAGUGGCUAAUCAUCAGUAUAAUAUUGAAUAUGAGAAGAAGAAGAAAGAAGAUGGAAAACGAGCUCGAGCUGAUAAACAACAAGUGCUGGACAUGCUUUUUUCAGCCUUUGAGAAGCAUCAGUAUUACAACAUUAAAGACCUGGUGGACAUAACCAAACAGCCAGUGAUAUACUUGAAAGAAAUUUUGAGAGAAAUAGGCAUCUACAAUGUGAAGGGGACCCACAAAAACACAUGGGAGCUGAAGCCAGAAUACAGACAUUACCAAGGAGAAGAAAAGAGUGAUUAACAAAAACAUUUAUGUUGUAAGAGUGAUUGCACUGAGGGAACUGUGGUGUCUACAGACAGGACUGAGCACAGUGCAAUUCUGCAAUGAUAAAGAUAAAUUAAAGCAGCUGAUACUUUGUAAUUUUCUGUAGUUUUUUUCCCCAAGGAAUAUUUCUUAUAUGUUUCUAUAUAUGCUUUGUCUUUUGACAGGAAAAGUUUAUAGAAUAAACUUGUAUUAGGUUUAACUUUAUUAGAAUCUUUUCAGUUUUCCUCUUAAUUUUUCUUGGUAGUUUUGUGGCUUUUCCAAGCCUUGAUAACUUUGAUGGAAAAUGUGUUUUAGAGGAACCCAUAACUUUGUGGGUUUGCAUUCCAGUGUAGCCAUGUUAAUACCCUCACUUCUGCUGGGAUCUGUCAGGGCUUUGUCUGGAAGCCUGAAAACGUGCACAACCCUUUGUGCAGUGUUUGUGUGGAAUGGACAUGAUGCUCCUCUUGGUAUCAGGCUUUAGGAAAAACAACCCCAACCAUGGUGCUCGUCACAAUCCUUAGACUCCCUGGGAACAAACCAAUGCAGUUAAAAACCCGUAAAGUCAGUGGGAAGAUGUCAGUCCCCUCCAUGUGAUUACUGAGAAAAAAAUGAAAUGCCUGUUAGGCACAGCAAGGAAUAGUUUUAUCUUUGGUUUGGUCUUUAUGCUGAUACCUAUGUUCUGUUUAAGCAUAUCAAUAAAAGCGUUAUUUUAAUUUGUACCUCACAAUGUUCUACAUUAUUGACUGAACACAUUGUGAUUUAGGUGGCAUAAGGCUGAAGUGUUUUUUCAAAGCAUGUUUUUAUUGCUGGCUUUGCCACUGGGUUCCUCUGUGGUUUGGGAAAGAU